CUAACAACGCAACCAAAACAACUAAGAAAAUCCAUGAAGAAAGAUCAUGUCCAAUAACACUGAUUAUGGACCAAAAGCAGAUCAAUUUGAGGACCCUUCAAUGAUUCAACAAGAAGUCGAAGAAAUAAUAAAAGGAUUGCAUGUAACAGAAAAUGAUAGGGACCGUAUACAAGUUAGUUCUAUAGGACAAUUUGGCAACGAGGUAUACGAAUCCGAAAGAAAACAUAGAUUGACAGCAUCAACAUUUGGGAGCGUUGUCAAAAGGAGAAAGCACACACCAUGUCAUAUACUCGUUAGAUCCGUUUUAAAACCAACUGGCUGUAUGACGGAUGCUAUGGAAUAUGGAAUACUCAGAGAGAAGGUGGCCAAAGGCAUUUUCGAAAAAACUCAAAAUCUACCUGUAGCGGACUCCGGAUUGUGGAUCGACAUACACAAUUUAUAUCUUGCAGCUUCACCUGAUGAGGUCCUCCUGAGGUACGGCAGGAUGGGACUGCCUCAGGGGGAUCCAUUAACUGUGAUGCAGUGGCUGGCAAAAAGGCGCCUACUGGUAAAUUCUCGGGAAUGCGAAGUCUGUCACGUAAGUAUUGCUUAA